UACUGCUUCCUGUUUGGGUUGCAAGCGGAUAUGAACCGAGGAGUCUCGAUGAAUUUGUUCUCUGUCUACAUUUAGCAUUAGUUUGUCUACUUUUUCGUGUUAAUUAGUAAACACACACACGAGAGAAGAUGUCGGAAACGGGAAACCGACUACGGAAACUUCUUGAGUCGCCUAAUUUCGAUCCGCAGAAUUACGUCAAGCAGCUCUCACAACAGUCCGAUGGCGACCGGGAUUUGCAGGAGCAUCGUCAAAAAAUCCAAAACUUGGCCGACGAAACGGCUCAAAACCUGAAGAAAAAUGUCUACAAGAACUACAGACAGUUCAUCGAAACGGCCAAAGAGAUCUCCUACCUGGAGAGUGAGAUGUACCAGCUGAGCCACAUCCUGACGGAGCAGAAGAGCAUCAUGGAGAGCAUCACUCAGGCCUUGUUGUCCACUGAUAAGGACGAGACCUCCAAAGAGAUGCAGGCUGCUUUCCCCAAAGAAACAGAGGAGGUGAAGCAGAGGACGCUCACCUCGCUGCUGGAGAAAGUGGAGGGGGUUAAAAACAUCAUGGACACCCCAGGGAGGCACCUUGUCUACAACGGUGACCUUGUUGAGUUUGAUGUAGACAACAUGUCCCCCAUCCAGAAGGUGCACGCUUUCCUCAUGAAUGACUGCCUGUUAAUCGCCACCUGGCUGCCAAACCGCAGGGGCGCUGUCAAGUAUAAAUACAACGCCCUGUACGACCUGGAGAGCUUUGCUGUGGUCAACGUGAAGGACAACCCUCCCAUGAAGGACAUGUUCAAGAUCCUCAUGUUCCCAGACAGCCGCAUCUUCCAGGCAGAGAACAGCAAAGUCAAGAAGGAGUGGCUGGAGAUCCUGGACGAAACCAAGAAGAACAAAGUCACCAAGGACAGGCACAAGAAGGAGGAGGAGGUCCCUACUUCUCCUGUCAGAGCUGAAGUGUCCACCAAUCCUUUUGAUGUGGACGAUGACGAGCCGGCUGAUGCUGAAGAAAACGUUGACCUGAGCCUAGAGUGGAUCCAGGAGCUGCCAGAGGACCUGGACGUCUGCAUCGCCCAGAGAGACUUCGAGGGUGCCGUGGACCUGCUGGACAAGCUCAACGAGUACCUCAAAGACCAGCCGGUCACCCAGAAGGUCAAAGAGCUCAGGUCGAAGGUGGAUGAGCGUGUGCGGCAGCUGACCGAGGUCCUGGUGUUUGAGUUGUCUCCAGACCGGUCACUUCGUGGAGGACCUAAAGCCACCCGGCGGGCUGUGUCCCAGCUGAUCAGACUAGGCCAGUCCACAAAGGCCUGUGAGCUGUUUCUGAAGAACCGUGCUGCUGCGGUCCAGACAGCCAUACGGCAGCUUCGCAUCGAAGGAGCCACGCUGCUCUACAUCCACAAACUCUGCAACAUCUUCUUCACCAGCCUGCUGGAGACGGCCAAGGAGUUUGAAAUGGAUUUUGCAGGAAACACGGGCUGCUACUCUGCCUUCGUGGUCUGGUCCAAAUCGGCCAUGAGGAUGUUUGUGGACGCCUUCAGCAAACAGGUGUUUGACAGUAAGGAGAGCCUGUCGACAGCAGCAGAGUGCGUUAAAGUGGCUAAAGAACACUGUCAACAGCUGACUGAGAUCGGCCUGGACCUGACCUUCACCCUGCAGUCCCUGCUGGUCAAAGACAUCAGGGCCGCCCUGCAGAGCUACAAGGACAUCAUCAUCGAAGCCACCAAGCACCGAAACUCGGAGGAGAUGUGGAGGAGGAUGAACCUCAUGACCCCAGAGGCUCUGGUGAAACUCAAGGACGAGAUGCGCAGCUGUGGCAUGGGCAGUUUCGAGCAGUACACCGGUGAUGACUGCUGGGUGAACCUGAGCUACACCAUCGUGGCCUUCACAAAGCAAAUGAUGAGCUUCUUGGAGGAAGGCCUGAAGCUCUACUUCCCCGAGCUGCACAUGGUGCUGCUGGAGAGCCUGAGGGAGAUCAUCCUGGUGGCUGUGCAGCACGUGGACUACAGCCUCCGCUGCGAGCAGGACCCGGAGAAGAAAGCCUUCAUCAUGCAGAAUGCCAGUUUCCUCCACGACACCGUGCUGCCCGUGGUGGAGCGGAGGUUCGAGGAGGGCGUGGGCAAACCGGCCAAACAGCUGCAGGACCUGAGGAAGAGCACCAGGCCGGUUCGAAUCAAUCCAGAGAGCACCACAUCAGUGGUCUGAGACUGAUACAAACCUCCUCAGGUGAUUUGAAAAAAGCUCAUCUCAUUAUAAUCGCUGAUGUGAUCGAGGGCUCGAGGAAAGCCUCGGGUGAAGUUAUCAGCUUAUCCUCAGAGAAGAAGCAUCAGGCCGGGCGGGGUGGGGGUGGGGUUAUUCGGGAGGAAUUUGUUCAGUCAAUUCACUCUGCAGGAAAAUACAGUAAAUAUUUCACAUGAUGAGCAGAUGGUGGUUUUGGUUCUCAGUCUGUGAGGAGUAAGACUGUGUGCUUCAUCUCAGCAUCUUCAUCCAGGGGGAGACUGAGACAGUUUCUCUUUAACCACAGACUAAAAACAAGACGCAGCCUCAUCUUGUUUCACAUUCAUACAGCUCUACGUGGUCACUCCACAUCUCCUUGUCCAUAUUCUAACACUUUACACACAAUAAAGUGAUACUUUAAAAGGUGUAAUAUCUAUUACCUUUAUACUAAGUCCAUUUACUUCACUACUGUGCAUUUACUAUAAUUUCCAUUUUCUGCUACUUUAUACUUCUACUCCACUACAUUUCAGAUGCACAUAAUGUAUGUUUUAUUCCACUUCAUUUAUUUGAUGGCUGUGUACUAUUAACUUUGCAGAUUCUGAUUAAUAAUACAGAAUAUAAUCAACAAAUAAAUGAUCUUGUACUAUUGUGAUUAGGAUAAGAUAUAAUAAGACCUUAUUGAUCCCCAGUGGGAAAUGUACAAGCUACUCAGCAGCAUAUAAAGUCAUCAAAAUUAGCCCCAACUUUACCAGCUGCAACAUUAAAGUCACUCAUCAAUAAUCUAAUAAUGCAUUAUUCAGGGACAUUCUGCAUAAUAUGGGUACUUUUGAAGAUUACCAGAUGUCUUUUUGAUUCAAUGAGACUGUUACUUGCAGGUGAUAAUGCCGUUGAACAUCUGACUUCACGUUUGACAUGAAAUGAAAGAAAGUACAGAAAAUGUGGCCUGAUUUUUACCAUAAUGCACAUAAAAAUAACUCAAAAUAA